GAUUCUUAAAACCAUGAAUAUUAAACAAUUGCAGACAAUAUUUUGUACAAUAAUUAAAUGUACCGUUAAAUAAUAUUUUUGAAUAAAAAAUUUGAUAUAAAUACGAAAGAUUUAUAGAUUUAAAUUUUAGUGUCAAUCCGUCAGCCAUUAUGGUACAUACAAAAUAUUAUAAUUAUAAUAAUAUCGUUCGAUACAUACCGUGUGCUAUUAUGUUUGUCCCGUGAUAAUAAAAUUUAUCACGAAAUCAACUUUUCUGGUUUACCGCAUCUCCGAUCUAUCGCGAGGUACGCCGCAUAUUUCGUAAUAAUAAAUAUUACUGUACUCAGCAUUUGAAGAUAUCUGAAAAACAAUAUGACAUUUCUUCUGUCACACGCUGUCGUCUCUGUAUUCGUCUUCACGGUUCUGUUGAAUUUCUUCUGCUUGGAUCCUAUCAAUUCGAUGCAAACUGGCCAUAAUUACACGGUGUGUGAGGAUUGCAUAACUUCGGAUUGCCACCAACAGGAACAUCACAAUUGCACGGUCAAUCCAGACAAUACGUUCGCGUGUUUCACGUGUGCCAGCGAUAUUCAUGGCAAUAGUCAGUUCUUCUCUGUAGAUGGUUGCAAGUUAAGCUGUAAGACCGAGUGUCUGUGUGACGGCGCGUGUUACGUGUGCGUUGGUGACACCUCUGUAACCGAUACGUCCAUGUUUGUAUGCGCAUUCCCAACCUAUCAGGUGGACGAUAGUUGCAAUCAGUCUCCGUACAAACCUUCUGAUAAUACUUCAAUAUCAUAAUAUGUUUAAACUAUGAUUAUAAUCGGGUUCUCAAAAAGUGAACACCGACUCCAACGUUCCAAGUUGAAAUUUUAAAUCAGGGUUUCAAACAUAGUUUAGGUGGUCAACGCGGCUCAUCACAGUGUUUCACAAAGUUGUCCAUAAUAUUUGAAUCCUACCAUCGGCCGCCAGUGCUAACUUUUUGUGAGCCCCAGACUAUAGUGUUUUAAAAAAAAUUAAUUGUCAUUAUAUUAUAUUAUAAAUACAUUUGAUCAUCAUUUUAAUACCACUA